AUGGGGAAUUCAAUAAAAAAAGCAUCCAAUAUGAAUGAAUUUAAAACCGAAGUUUAUAAUACGAACAAUAAAAUAAAUAGUAAGAAUUUUCUGAAAAAAGAAACAAAUAUAUACAUAACAUUAACAAUCGAUGUCCCCGAAACAGAGAUCGUCACCGAAACAAUAUUAUGGAAAUUUUUAGUAAAGGUUUUAAUAUUGGUGUAUAAUAAAACUAACGAAGGAAACUACAAAAAUGAACAACCAUUUAUAAAAACUAAAUUAAGUUUUGGGGAAUUUUAUAAAUUUUUAGAGUCAAUACAUAAUUAUAUAGAUUUAGAAAAUAAAAGAUUAAGUAAUUCAAAUAAUAAUAGUAGUAGUAAUAAUAAUACGACAACAUCAGCAUCAUCAGCAACCACAGCUUUAAAUGCAUUAUAUAGUUCACAGGAUAAUGGGGACGACGAUAAAUUAUGCCCUAUUUGUUUAGAUAAUGAAGCAACUAGUAUUGGUGACUGUGCUCAUGCUUUUUGUACCUUUUGUAUUAAAGAAUGGAGAGAAAAAAGCAAUAGUUGUCCAUUAUGCAGAAGUGAAAAUACCUCAAACGACAAAUCAGAUUUUUUAUUAAUAGAAGAAAGAAGUGAUGAUAAUAAUGACUCAUUAUUAGAAUUUAUAAAAUCAACUUUAUACUUUAUAAAAAAAUAA